AUGAGGCUACUCCUCGUUCCUCUAUUACUUUCAUCAGUCGCUGCACUGAUUCCUAGGGAUCUACUUUUUUCUGAUCCAAAAUAUUCGGCCACAUCUUUGUCCAACGAUGGACGAUUCAUCGCUUUCAUCGGCCCCGAUGAGUCCGGGAUCCGAAACGUUUUCACAAAAUGUGUAAACUGUCGUCACACCCGUCAAGUCACCUUUGAAAAGACGAACCAUGUUCAAGGAUAUCAAUGGACGGCUAUUCCGGAUAUUAUUUUGUAUAUGUACGACAAUGAUGGUGAUGAGAAUACUAUGAUUUUCAAGAAGAACAUUUCACAGGCCGCUCCUAAGGACGAUCUCGUCGUCGUAUCUAACCGGCCAGGAGUCAAAGGCCUCAUCAUUGCCAAUAAUCGUGAAGACCGAAAAGUUCUUGUCGGAAUGAAUGAUGCCUCACCUGCCUAUCACAACAUCUAUGAAUUUGAUCUCUACACUAACCAGCUGACCUUAAAGGUCCGCAACAACCGUUUCCCAAUGUUUGUUAUUGACAAUGACCUCCGCAUCCGGUUGGCCAGCCAGCAAAUGGAUGAUGGGAGCAUGAUGUACUACAGACUCACAUCGGAAGGCGAAAAGCUCGACCCAAUUACCACGGAUGAAGCGUAUUGGCAAGACUAUUUGAGGGUUGCCCCAGAUGAUAAGCCACUGUCCAUGCCAAUUGGAUUUGACAAGUCAAAUGAGAUCAUGUUCUGGAUCUGGGGUGAAGGAUCAGAUCUUGGAAAUCUUGUUCAAUUCCAUUUCGAAAAGCCUGAGGAGAAGGAGGUCCUCUACACCGCUACCAAGGCUCAGAUUGGGCAGAUUAUUACUCAUCCAUCUGAGAAAAAUCUACUUGCUGUUACUGAGGUUUACCACCGACCGGAGCUGUAUGUAGCCAAUGAAACGGCAAUGGAGGAUUUUCAGUAUUUGGUCAACCUACGACCACAUGGAUCGUUACAGCUGCUUUCCCUCAGCAAAGAUAUGAACACUUGGCUCGUCACGUACCUUUCCGCUGAGAAGCCGUUUGAGGUUUUUGUGUACAGGCGUUGGUUGAAGACCGCCGAAUUCCUCUUCAACACCCACCCUCAACUCGAGGGCUUCAAACUGAACAAGCAGGUUGGCUUCGACUUCCCAGCUCGUGAUAAUCUCCAGCUACAAGCCUACUUGUCGCUGCCACCAGAUGCGAAGCUCAAGAACACCACUGAUGUUGCUGCUCCGGAUCAGGUGUAUGCUGAAAUGGGUAUGCUGCCUGUUAGGGCACAAAAGCUGGUUGUGAUGGUUCACGGUGGUCCGAAAGCGCGCGAUGUCUACGGAUUCAGCCCAAUCAAUGCUUGGCUAACCAGCCGUGGAUAUGCCGUGUUGCAGGUGAACUUCCGUGGCUCAGUCGGCUUUGGAAAGAGAUUGACAAAUGCUGGUGACGGAGAGUGGGGUCGUAAAAUGCACUACGAUCUGCUUGACGCUGUUGAAUUUGCCGUUGCCAAGGGGAUUGCCGAUCGGGACCAAGUGGCUAUCAUGGGCGGUUCAUACGGUGGAUACGCUACGUUGGUCGGUUUGACCUUUACGCCUGAAGUUUUCGCCUGCGGAGUCGAUAUUGUUGGUCCCUCAAAUCUACAAGGUCUUCUCGAAGCGAUCCCGCCAUAUUGGCUACCAAUGUACAACGAGAUCACCAAGAUGCUAGGCGCCGAUAUGGAUACCGAAGCUGGACGUCAGUCCCUCAGGGCACGAUCGCCGCUUUAUUUCGCUGAAAAAGUCAAGAAGCCAUUGAUCAUCCUGCACGGGGCGAAUGACCCACGUGUCAAGCAACAGGAAUCUGACCAAAUCGUCGCUGCCCUUCAAAAGCACUCAAUUCCGGUGACCUAUGUCUUAUACCCGGAUGAGGGUCACGGAUUCACAAAGCAGCACAACCGCAAGGCACAGUAUGGCUUUAUCGAGAAGUUCUUGCACGGUUGCAUGGGUGGACAGUAUGAGAGCUUUAUGCCUGGACAGUAUAACUCCACCGCUAUCCUAAAAGCUGACGGGUUCGCGACGGAAACCUUGAUCCCUUCGACGUCUGCCCCGGUGAAAGAUGUCAAGUCGAAGACCGCUCCUGCUCUAUUCUACCGCCCAGUGCGAAUCCCGACAAAUCGUGGCAUCUACAAUCCGGUGCCCACCCGCAUGGAACAACAGAUGGCUCAACCAGCGCAACCUCAACCAAUGGCCUACCCAAACUACGUACACCCAGCUAGCCAUAUGCAACCUGGAGGCUUCGGUGCCGCCGCCCCGAUCCCAGUCAAAUAUACCUUCCUAGGC